AUUAAAAUGUCAAGCUCGUUACCACAACACUUAUUCACAACAAAUGUUUUUAAAUUUAAAUAAUAUUAAUUUAAGUUCGCGCUUACAUUUUAUUUAAAAUGGAACUUAUAUAUUCAAUGAGACGGAAGCCUUUAAAAUGUGAACCGCCACAUUACGAGAAUAAUGCGGAUCCAGAAGUAGUGAAGCCGAUUUGUACGAUAUCAACGUGUAAUAUAAUUGCAUUUUCAUCAUUAACCGAAUUAUCGGACACUGAUGGAGAUACAUGGGGCGGUCAUGUUUAUAUAUGUGAUCUUGAUACCCCAUGGGAAUGUCAUAAAGUAGCCAGCACUGUUCAUCCUGUGUCAGCUCUAGAAUGGGACGGAGAAGGGAAACAGCUGUUGAUAGCUACAAUAGUUGGUGAAGUGUCCAUAUAUGUACAGAAGGACUAUUUGCUUAAUGAAUGGUCUUGUCUAUACUCAGCUUACUUUCCAGGUGAAAACAUUAUAAAGGCGGUAUUCUUUCAUAAUGGUCGCAAAGUUGUCGCUGUUGAGAAGAAACCGGAUGUACCAAUCAGUGAUAGAAUACAAAUGUUACGAUAUGUGCCUACCCUCAAAGGUUUUGGUGGUGUAGCGUGUGAAGGGGCCUGUAUAAUAACGGGUACCGGUUUAGUGGGUGCCUUGACUCCCAAUGGAGACUCCAAUCGUGCCCUCGUCGCCUCCGACUGUCUCCGCUCGCCCAGGGAUCAUAUUGCUACUGCAUCAUUUGCACAUAAAAAUGGCAGUAUACUGAUAGCAGCUGCUUGGCGCGGCGGGGGCAAGCGCGGGGUGCGGUGCGCAGCGUGCGCGGUGUUCCGCCCCCCCGGCUCGCGCGCCGCCCCCGUACAACUAACAUUACAACCCCUACCCACUGUAUAUUUACUGGAUCAUGAACCUGUAUCAAUAACAUGGUGUCUGCGGGAAGACACAGAUUCUUUACUGAUCGCUGGCUCCACACUGACUCUGUGGAAGUUGGCAGAGCGCUCCUACCCUGUGCACAAAUUGCUCAGCAAAGGUCCUGUGCAAGGUAACACUACACCUGGCGGUGGUCCAAAAGCACCUACAGAAUGUUUUAAUACUGUGGUGUGGCAGCAGACGGCGGUGUGGCAGGUGGAGGGCGGGGGCGGGGGCGCGACACACGUGGGCAGCGUGCGCCUGCCGCUGGCCACGCCCCACGUGCUUCUGGCCACGCCCACCGCUUUGCAUCUACUCAACAGGGACAACCACCACUAUGUAUGUUCCCGCGCUAUCGGCAGUGGUCUUGCAGCGGAUAUAGCGGCUACACCACCAAAGAAAACUAAAUAUGGAGGUCUUCCGGGUGCAGGCGGGAGGGGGGGAGGAGGAGGAGGAGGGGCUACAGUGUCGUGUGUGGAGGUGUCGCAGCUGGGCGCGGUGUGUGUGGCGGUGGACACGCACUCACAGCUGCACGUCUUCAAACUGUCGCAGCCCGCACCUGACAUACCCACCACACUGUCGGUACAACACACCACGAUGCUGCUGGAGUACGCCAUGGUGUCAGGGUAUGACAGCCUCGAUGUCAUCAUGACAUUGAAACCUAACAUCGUUGAAGCUGUGUACGAAAGAUUGACGGAGAGCUUCCAGCGUCAGCCGCAACCCUUCCAACAGUAUUACUACCACAACUGGCUCAAACUGAGGAUAGCACUCUGCAGCCGCGUGGCGGGGCUGACCAGCAGUGCGGCCUCCCUGUGCUCGCUGCAGCUGGUGCUGGCGGGCUGGUCCGCGGCGGCAGCGUCGCUGCGUCCCGACGAAAAGACCGAGGCAGCACUCGUCUCCUUUGCUGCACUUUCCAACAUGCCCGACGAACACGAAGAGAAGAAUCUGCUGGCGCUGGAGGCGAAGGCGGAGUCCCUGGGCGAGGGUGCGACGAGCGCGGGCAGUGCGUGGGGCGCGCUGUCCGCCAUGCAGCCGCUGUACCGGCCGCUGCAGCGCGCGCUCGACACCGCGCUCACCAUGCUCGCCGCACUCACCGCCGCACACAACUCACCCGCCACACCCGCCACACACCACCAUGCACACGGUUACGAAAUGUGGUCGGACGCGGUGGCACUGAAUGCGCUGCGCAGAAUGGUGGUGAUAGCACGAGCGUGUGCCCGAGGCGGGGACGCGCUCAGCCGCCCGCUGGCACGCCUCGCCGCUAUCGUAGGCUCCGCGCCCAAGCCGGACCUGCUCGAGGAGUGCGCAUCCCUGACUGUGCAGAUGCCGGCGCGCGUGUGGGACGCACUGCCGCGCUGUAACGUCUCUGCACCACACGGCAAGCCCUGGCCAUUACACUUGGAGUACGACAUAGAGCCGGAGGCGUUGCGUUUCGUGCCCGAGCCGCCGGCACAUGCGCAGUGCGACGGCACGCCCUCACUCGCCAUGGACUCUAUACGGUACAUGUAUCUCGGUGGUGGACGACGCGCGGCACGUUGGCGACGAUGCGGGCGUUGUGGGUCGCGCUCCGUCCCCGCCGCCCUGCCCGCCCCACUGCCUGCACGGAACGCCCAGCAACGUGCCUACGACGGAAGAUAUGUUGCCACUUGCAGCUGCGGUGGGAAAUGGACGCUGUAUUCGAAUAUUUAGUUAGACAACUUUAGUUUGUAUGUUUUUUUAAGAAUGAAUUCUUACAUUAAUAUUAUGUAAUACAUUUUGUACAUAAAUAAAAGGAUAUUACUUAGCCUUUAUAUAGUGUCGUCAAAAAUAGAAAUCGAUUCAGUGAAUGUGUUUUUGCUAAGAA